AUGAGGAGAAUUGAGCAGCAGACUGGUUGGGGUUUGGGUUCAUACGUGACGUUCAUCGUGGUGGCGCUGUGUGUGCUCUUCCUGCCGUUAGUGAUUGGUCCCGGUUCGCUGCCGCCGCCUCCUCCGUAUCUUCUUCUCACCAUCCCUGUCGUCUUGGUUUUCAUUUGUCUUUACCUUUCUUAUGCAACUAAUCAUUGA